CCAGGGCUGCACCGCGCCACCCGACUUGUCCUUCCGCCCCUGCCUCCGCAGCUCGCCGGCGAGCGAGGGGGCGAGCGGAAGGUGCGCUGUGGAGCAGCGGCGGUCCGGGGUCGUCGGCGCGGGCCAUGUCGCUGUGGGGCGAGCCGCUUCAGGCCUCGCCGCCCUCGGGCUCACAGCCGCCUUCGGCUGGCGCCACCCUCAACCGCCUGCGGGAGCCGCUGCUUCGGAGGCUCAGCGAGAGCUUGGACCGGGCGCCCGAGGGCCGGGGCUGGAGGAGGCUGGCCGAGGUGGCGGAGAGCCGGGGGCGUCUCCGGCUCAGCUGCCUGGACCUGGAGCAAUGUUCUCUCAAGGUAUUGGAGCCUGAAGGAAGCCCAAGCCUGUGUUUACUGAAGCUAAUGGGUGAAAAAGGCUGUACGGUCACGGAACUGAGUGACUUCUUACAGGCUAUGGAACACACUGAGGUUCUUCAGCUUCUCAGCCCCCCAGGAAUAAAAAUCACCGUAAACCCCGAAUCAAAGGCAGUCUUGGCUGGACAGUUUGUGAAACUGUGUUGCCGGGCAACUGGACACCCUUUUGUGCAAUAUCAAUGGUUCAAAAUGAACAAAGAGAUUCCAUACGGAAAUACGUCAGAACUUAUUUUUAACUCGGUGCAUAUAAAAGAUGCAGGGUUUUAUGUCUGCCGAGUUAAUAACAAUUUCACCUUUGAAUUCAGCCAGUGGUCACAACUGGAUGUUUGUGAUGUCACGGACGUAACAGAAAGCUUCCGGGGAAGAACAAAUGAGGCAGUGGAGUGCACUGAAGAUGAAUUAAAUACUCUUGGGCAUCCUGAUAAUAAAGAGCAAACAACUGACCAGCCUUUAGCAAAGGACAAGGUUGCUCUUUUGAUAGGAAAUAUGAAUUACUGGGAGCACCCCAAACUUAAAGCUCCUUUGGUGGAUGUGUAUGAACUGACCAACUUACUAAGGCAGCUGGAUUUCAAAGUCGUUUCUCUGUUGGAUCUCACUGAAUAUGAAAUGCGCAAUGCUGUGGAUGAGUUUUUACUACUUUUAGACAAAGGAGUAUAUGGCUUAUUGUAUUAUGCAGGACAUGGUUAUGAAAACUUUGGAAACAGCUUUAUGGUCCCUAUUGAUGCUCCAAAUCCAUACAGGUCUGAAAAUUGUCUGUGUGUGCAAAAUAUACUGAAAUUGAUGCAAGAAAAAGAAACUGGACUCAAUGUGUUCUUGUUGGAUAUGUGUAGGAAAAGAAAUGAUUAUGAUGAUACCAUUCCAAUCCUGGAUGCACUGAAAGUCACUGCCAAUAUUGUGUUUGGAUAUGCCACGUGUCAAGGAGCAGAAGCUUUUGAAAUCCAGCAUUCUGGAUUGGCAAAUGGGAUCUUUAUGAAAUUUUUAAAAGAUAGAUUAUUAGAAGACAAGAAAAUUACUGUGUUACUGGAUGAAGUUGCAGAAGAUAUGGGGAAAUGCCACCUUACCAAAGGCAAACAGGCGCUAGAGAUUCGAAGUAGUUUAUCUGAGAAGAGAGCACUUACUGAUCCAAUACAGGGAACAGAACACUCUGCAGAAUCUCUGGUGCGGAAUUUACAGUGGGCCAAGGCUCAUGAACUUCCAGAAAGUAUGUGCCUUAAAUUUCAGUGUGGUGUUCAUAUUCAAUUAGGAUUUGCAGCUGAGUUUUCCAAUGUCAUGAUAAUCUAUACAAGCAUAGUUUACAGACCACCUGAGAUAAUAAUGUGUGAUGCCUAUGUUACUGAUUUUCCACUUGACCUAGAUAUUGAUCCAAAAGAUGCAAAUAAAGGCACACCUGAAGAAACUGGCAGCUACUUAGUAUCCAAGGAUCUUCCCAAGCAUUGCCUCUACACCAGACUCAGUUCACUGCAGAAAUUAAAGGAACAUCUAAUUUUCACAGUAUGUUUAUCAUAUCAGUACUCAGGAUUGGAAGAUACUGUAGAGGAAAAGCAGGAGGUGAAUGUUGGGAAACCUCUCAUUGCUAAAUUAGACAUCCAUCGAGGUCUGGGGAGGAAGACUUGCUUUCAGACUUGUCUUAUGUCUAAUGGCCCUUAUCAGAGCUCUCCAUCCCCUUCGGGAGGAGCAGGACGUUACCACUCAUCUCACGACUCGUUCCAUGGUGUUUACCAUUCACAUCUUGGUAAUUCACAUAAUGUUCUGCCAUCAGAUAUUUGUCAUUGCAGCCGGACUCCAGAUGCAUUUAUUUCAAGUUACCGUGCUCACCAUUAUUCAUGCCAGUUUGGUAGAAGUAAUGUGCCAGUAGAGACAACUGAUGAAAUGCCAUUUAGUUUCUCUGACAUACUCAGAAUUUCUGAAAAGUGAUCUUGUUUUUUGAAGUUAUCAUAAUUAUUAGAUUCCUCAUAUGAAAUAGUACUGUACUUACAUUAAAAUGAAGCAUCCUGAAAAGGCAAAGGUGAAUAUAUAGAGAAGGAGAAAAUUAGUAACAACUGUUUUAUACCAACUGUUUUAUAGUUGGUAUAUUAUUUAAUCACUUCUUUCUCUUCUAAUAUUUUGUAAGUUGGUUUAUCUGUUUUAUAAGAAUGAAGUAUGGGUGU